CGGGUUUCUUCCACUUCCGCCGCUGCCGCCGCCGCGGGAUCGGGCUGAGUCGCCGGUUGCUCCGAGUCGCUACUCUCGCCGUCGCGAUGCCGCUGGAGAACCUGGAAGAGGAGGGUCUGCCCAAGAAUCCGGACCUACGCAUCGCGCAGCUGCGCUUCCUGCUCAGCCUUCCGGAGCACCGCGGGGACGCGGCCGUGCGCGACGAGCUGAUGGCAGCCGUCCGCGAUAACAACAUGGCUCCUUAUUACGAAGCCUUGUGCAAAUCCCUUGACUGGCAGAUGGACGGGGACCUGCUCAGUAAAAUGAAGAAGGCAAAUGAAGACGAGUUGAAACGUUUGGACGAGGAGCUGGAAGAUGCGGAGAAGAAUCUGGGAGAGAGCGAAAUCCGAGACGCGAUGAUGGCAAAGGCCGAGUACCUCUGCCGGAUAGGUGACAAGGAAGGCGCUCUGACAGCCUUUCGCAAGACAUAUGACAAAACCGUGGCCCUGGGUCACCGACUGGAUAUUGUGUUCUAUCUCCUUAGAAUUGGCUUAUUUUACAUGGAUAAUGACCUCAUCACACGGAACACAGAAAAGGCCAAAAGCUUGAUAGAGGAAGGAGGAGACUGGGACCGGAGAAACCGCCUAAAAGUAUAUCAAGGUCUUUAUUGUGUGGCUAUUCGUGAUUUCAAACAGGCAGCUGAACUCUUCCUUGACACAGUUUCAACAUUUACAUCCUAUGAACUCAUGGAUUAUAAAACCUUUGUGACUUACACUGUCUAUGUCAGCAUGAUUGCUUUAGAAAGACCAGAUCUCAGGGAGAAGGUAAUUAAAGGAGCAGAGAUUUUGGAAGUGUUGCACAGUCUUCCAGCAGUUCGGCAGUAUCUGUUUUCACUCUAUGAAUGCCGUUACUCAGUUUUCUUCCAAUCAUUAGCUGUUGUGGAACAGGAAAUGAAAAAGGACUGGCUCUUUGCUCCUCAUUAUCGAUACUAUGUAAGAGAAAUGCGGAUUCAUGCAUACAGCCAGCUGCUGGAGUCAUACAGGUCAUUAACCCUGGGCUAUAUGGCAGAAGCCUUUGGUGUUGGUGUGGAGUUCAUUGAUCAGGAACUCUCCAGAUUUAUUGCUGCUGGGAGGCUACACUGCAAAAUAGAUAAAGUGAAUGAGAUAGUGGAAACGAACAGACCUGAUAGCAAGAACUGGCAGUACCAAGAAACGAUCAAGAAAGGAGACCUGCUCUUAAACAGAGUUCAAAAGCUAUCCAGAGUAAUUAAUAUGUAAGAAAGAAAAACCAAAAAACAAAACCUCCUACACAAAGCGUUUCCUGUAGAGAUGCUUACUUUACUUUGUGCCCAGUUGAACUGUACAAAAUAAAUACUGCAUUGUUGCUUUCAAUUCA